CCGGCCGAUUCCGGCGGGAUCCAGCUUUUCCCGUUUUCCGCGGCGAGGGGCUUUUUGAAGGAGCCUGUCUCCACAUUCCUGAUUUGCUGGAUAUUGUGGAGGGCUCGUCCUGGGCUGGGCUGGGCUGCUGCUGACGCGUGGCCGCGGCUGCUGCUGCACGUCCCUCUGACGUGUUGGAACCAGACCUAGACCCAGCAGAGACCCGGGCUCCAGCUCGCUGCUGCUGCUGCGCCGGUUUGCCAAGCAUAAUCAACCAUGACGACAGAAUCGGGAUCAGACUCUGAAUCCAAGGAUCAAGAUCAAGACCAGCAAGAAGCCCCUGCCCAGCAAGGGACACCUGGGGCACAACCUCAAGCCCAGCAGCAGCAGCAGCUCAGUGAGGAGCAUCAGAACGCGCUAGACCAGUUCUCUGCUGUGGCAGCACACAGUACGCCUGUGAAGAAAGAGCAGGUCACUGACAGAGAACGGGAGUUUGCUGCUGCUGCUGCAAAACAGCUGGAAUACCAGCAGUUUGAAGACGACAAGCUCUCUCAAAAAUCAUCAUCUAGCAAACUCUCCAGAUCUCCUCUAAAGAUUGUUAAAAAGCCGAAAAACAUGCAGUGCAAAGUGACGCUCCUGGACGGCUCUGAAUAUGGAUGUGAAGUGGAGAAACGUUCCAGAGGUCAAAUAUUGUUUGACAAAGUAUGUGAACAUCUAAAUCUUUUGGAAAAGGACUACUUUGGGCUAACAUACAGAGACAUGGAAAACCAAAAGAACUGGUUGGACCCUGCAAAGGAAAUCAAAAAGCAGAUCCGAAGUGGUGCUUGGCAGUUCUCCUUUAAUGUGAAAUUUUACCCUCCCGAUCCUUCCCAGCUGUCUGAAGAUAUUACCAGGUACUACCUCUGCUUGCAGCUGAGAGAUGACAUAGUGUCUGGAAGGCUGCCUUGUUCUUUUGUUACUCUUGCUCUUUUGGGGUCCUAUACCGUUCAGUCGGAACUUGGAGAUUAUGAUCCUGAUGAAUAUGGAAGUGAUUAUGUCAGUGAAUUCCGGUUUGCACCAAAUCAUACUAAAGAACUGGAAGACAAAGUAAUCGAGCUGCACAAGAGCCACAGGGGAAUGACACCUGCAGAGGCUGAGAUGCAUUUCUUGGAGAAUGCCAAAAAACUAUCCAUGUAUGGAGUGGAUCUACAUCAUGCCAAGGAUUCUGAAGGAGUUGAAAUCAUGUUAGGGGUUUGUGCCAGUGGUCUCUUAAUAUAUCGAGACAGACUCAGGAUAAAUAGAUUUGCCUGGCCAAAGGUUCUGAAAAUUUCAUACAAGAGGAACAAUUUCUACAUCAAAAUCCGACCAGGAGAGUUUGAACAGUUUGAAAGCACUAUUGGGUUUAAGUUGCCAAAUCAUCGUGCUGCAAAGCGUUUAUGGAAAGUAUGUGUUGAACACCACACAUUUUUCAGGCUAUUGUUACCGGAGGCACCGCCAAAGAAAUUCCUUACACUGGGUUCCAAAUUCCGCUACAGUGGAAGAACACAAGCCCAAACCAGACGAGCCAGUGCACUAAUAGACCGUCCUGCACCUUACUUUGAGCGUUCUUCCAGCAAACGUUAUACUAUGUCUCGCAGCUUAGAUGGGGCAUCAGUGAAUGAAAACCAUGAAAUGUACAUGAAGGAUUCUAUGUCUGCUGCAGAGGUUGGUACUGGCCAGUACGCCACAACAAAGGGCAUCUCUCAAACCAACUUGAUAACCACUGUGACUCCAGAGAAAAAAGCAGAGGAAGAAAGAGAUGAGGAAGAGGGCAAAAAAAAAGGAGAGGAAAUCACCCCAGUCUCUGCAAUACACCAUGACACAAAGUCAUCUUUGCUUGGCACUGAUUCAUUUCAUUCCUCAUCAACCUCACAGUCUGGUCCCCCUGUAUCUUCAACAAAGCUUCGUAGGAGAUGUAAGGAGAAUGCUCAAAACCCAUUAAGUUGUGAGUCAUCUAAAGACAUUAUGCAAAUGCACGGUGAGUCUGACUUGGACUCUGAUAGAAAAGGAAGAGUUUGCUCUGCUGAACAAGACAUGGCUUUUAGUUAUAAGCAAAAAGCUGGUAAUGGCGGAACACUGUUUUCCUUCUCCUUGCAACUUCCAGAGUCAUUUCCUGCUCUCCUGGAUGAUGACGGCUACCUUUCCUUCCCUAACCUCUCUGAAACCAACUUCCUGCCUGAAAGUGUGCAGCAUUACCUUCCCAUCCGAUCACCAUCCCUCGUGCCUUGUUUCCUUUUCAUCUUUUUCUUUCUGCUGUCUGCCUCAUUCUCAGUGCCAUAUGCUCUCACUCUCUCCUUUCCUCUGGCUAUGUGCCUCUGCUACCUGGAGCCCAAGGCGGCCUCCUUGAGUGCCUCACUUGACAAUGACCUGAGUGACAGUUCAGAGGAAGAGACUGACAGUGAACAGACGGAUACUGCAGCUGAUGGUGAAACUACUGCCACAGAGUCGGAUCAAGAGGAAGAUGGAGAUCUCAAGGCACAGAAUAGUCUGAUUAAGCGAAUAAAGGGUGAAAAUGUGUAUGUCAAACAUAGUAAUCUUAUGUUAGAGGAGCUAGAUAAAAAUCAAGAAGACCUAAUGAAACACCAGACCAACAUAAGUGAACUGAAACGAACCUUCUUGGAAACCUCCACAGACACUACAGUGUCUAACGAAUGGGAGAAGAGGCUUUCGACAUCUCCAGUUCGGCUUGCUACAAGACAGGAGGAAGCUCCUAUGAUUGAACCACUUGUGCCUGAAGAGACCAAAGAAGAAAAAGAAAAAUCUGAAAAACUUAUAUUUUUGCAGAAGGGAAGUACUACAUUCCUGGAGUCACAGCCAAGGGAGACAGAGAAGAAGCUGCAGGAAGGAGAAUCUGCUGGCACUGUUGUUACUUCUCAUCAAAUCAUUUUCCAGAAAAGUGUUCCAUCAUCCUUAGAGGGCUCUGAGGAUUGGGUUAUUGUAGACAAAAUACCUACUGAGGUAGUUGAUGGUGAAUCGAAAAAAAUUGUGACAUACAAAGUAAUGACUGUGCGCAGUAAAACUGGUGACAUUCCAUCUGAGAUAUUAAAAUCCAGUACUAUUGAAAUGCAAAGCUUUGAGGACUUGGAAUAUGAAAUACAAUCAAAAGAGGAGAAUAAACAGAAAAUGUACACCUUAGGAAAGUCCUAUGACGCUGUAUCCGGGAAAAUUGUAACCAUGACAAGUAAAGCUAAAGAGGGAGAGAAAACAGUGCAGUCAUCACUAGAAGCAUUUCAAAAAAUGGAGAGGGGAAUGCCAGAAUCUGUGAAAAUCAUUCCAGUAGUGGCUGAAUAUGAAAUUCUAGAGCCCAUCACAGACGAAAAAGCCAGGAGGGGAUCCGAUGUACAGAGUACAAAAAGAAAGCUGUCCGAAUCUUUGACACCUAUAAAGGAAGCAGAGUCUCAGUUGCAUAGUCCUGAAGAGGAAAGUUUGAAGAAAGCACAAAAGAUGGACCAGGAUUUUCAUGGUACACUGGGAAGUUUGCAGUUUGGCAGAGCUGAAAAACACCUUGACAGUGAAGCUCUGAAAGCAGGGGCAUUUGGUCGGAAAGAUAAGAGCCUAUCUGAGUGGAGAUAUUCCAGAGAACAGCCAUUUACCAUUGCUACUGCUCACUAUGUUUCUGAGUCGUCUGCAUCAAGAGUAGUGACUAAACAGUCCUCCAGUGAAAAAACCUUGGAUGGUUCAGAUAUCUUCAGUUUAUUAGAGUCUGCGAGAAAACCAACUGAGUUCAUAGGAGAGGUUACUUCUACUUCACAUAGCAGGGCUCAGAGAACGGAAACAAAGACCGGCCAGGAGAUAAGUGUCAGCGAAAUGAAGGAAGAGAUUCGGCCAUAUCAGGAUGCAGUGAAGAAGGUUGUGCAGGAGACUGUGUUGGUCGAGGAGAGAUAUGUGACGAAUGUGCAUGCAAGUGGGGAUGCUGUUAAAUUGGCUGGAGAUCAGGUGGAUGCUAUGGCGCAGGCAGGAUCUGCUGUUGCUUCUAGUAUGAAAGGAAAGGAGGGGUCAGCUGUGACUGAGGGGGCUACAGAGGAAAAAAGGGAGGAGGCUGAUAAAGCUGUAACCAAACGGGAAGAAAUUGCUGCUGCUUCUCAUCAGCAAGAGGAGGAGCAGAGUGCAACAGUCCACGUUUCUGAUACAUUGGAAAGAAAACCUCAUUUUGAGUCACCAGUUGUGAAGACUGAAACCAUCAGCUUUGACAGUGUUUCUCCAGCUGGGGAGAAGCUUGAAAUGUCUACCAAGGAAGUUCCCAUAGUUCAUACAGAAACAAAAACCAUUACAUAUGAAUCAUCACAGGCAGAUUCUGGUGCUGACUCAGAGCCAGGUGUGUUGAUGAGUGCACAAACCAUCACAUCUGAAACUACCAGUACUACAACUACUACACAUAUCACAAAAACUGUGAAAGGAGGCAUUUCAGAGACAAGAAUUGAAAAACGAAUAGUCAUCACAGGAGAUGCCGAUAUUGACCAUGAUCAGGCGCUGGCUCAGGCAAUUAAAGAGGCCAAAGAGCAGCACCCUGACAUGUCAGUGACCAAAGUAGUGGUACAUAAAGAGACAGAAAUCACACCAGAAGAUGGGGAGGAUUGACCCACAGGAAUAAUUUAGCUUGCAUACGAAUCCAGUCAUGCAAACCCUUAGGAAUACCAGAGCCUAUAUGGAGUCUCAGUUCUAACCUGACUGACUUGUAUCUGUCCAUGGAAAAUUUCAGUACCGAAGAAUUGAUCUUAAACACUAAUAAAGACACUGGCAGAGAUAUUUUCCCG